GGAUAUUGCAUAUGGAGUGACGUUAGAUAAUACGUAUAGUUAACUGAAGGUGUAAGGAUUCGGUGUACAUAGUAUCUAAUCUAGACCGACUUUAAUACCGACCUACCUAAUCUCUAAUACUAAUCUCACCUACCUAGUACAUACCGGUAGUAGGUAGUAUCGCGAGAAGCCGAGGAAGCUUGCUUCAGACUGAGAACCUGUAAAGAUGACGACUUCUUCUAUUCCAAGAAAGCUCUGGGAACAUCCCAAUCCCGAAAAGACGCAAUUGUACGAGUUCAUGCAACGAUUGAACAAGAAGUACAGUUCCAAUCUGAAGACCUUCCAAGAUGUAUACCAGUUUUCUGUCAAUAAACGCUCCGAGUUCUAUGCCGAGGUCUUUGAGUAUUCCAACUUCAUACAUACUGGCUCCUACACCCAGGUAGUAGACGAGACAAAGCCAAUUGAUAGCAUUCCGCGCUGGUUCGAAGGAAUACACCUCAAUUGGACCGAAAACCUCUUGUGGUCUCGUGGCCCCGAUGACCCUAUAGAUCACCAUGGCAAGGUGGGAAAGGAAGAUACCAAGAUUGCCUUGACCGAAGUUCGGGAGGGCGUGACUGAGAUCAGGCAUGUCACAUGGGUGACACUUCGAAGACUUGCUGCCCUCUAUGCUUCUGCCAUGCAUCAGCACGGCGUGAAACGAGGAGAUCGGAUAUUUCUCGUCGCUGCGAAUAGUGUCGAGACCAUGGCCGUCUUCCUGGCUGCAGGCUGGCUAGGUGCUCUAUUUAGCAGCAGUUCGACCGACAUGGGCGUCCAGGGAAUCUUGCAGAGGGCAAUACAGGUCAAUCCCAAGUACAUCUUCAUGGACGAUGCAGCGCUAUACAACGGUAAACGAGUAGAUCUGCGCCAGAAAAUGACUGAUAUCAUCUCUGGGAUGAAAGACUGCACCGAAUUCUCUGGCAUGGUUUCGAUCCGGCGCUUCCAUGAUGCCUUGGAUAUAGGAGGCAUUCCCAAGACUCAGACUUUGAACCAGUUCAUCGAGAAGGGUGACGCAGCUUUUCCACCACCCAUCGUUCGGAUCGCCUUUCACGACCCUUUCCUAGUCUGCUAUUCUUCUGGCACCACUGGUAUUCCGAAAGCUAUAGUGCAUUCGGUCGGUGGCGCCCUUAUGAGCUAUUCAAAAGAGUCUCGCCUUCACGAAAACGCCAACGCCGACACCGUUUCGCUGCAGUACACAACUACUGGCUGGAUCAUGUAUCUUGUGUGCGUUGGUCAGCUACUGCUUGGCUCAAGGGUUGUAUUAUACGAUGGGUCGCCGUUCCAACCGGAUCUACAGACCUUUAUCAAGUUAGUUGCUGAUCAGAAAGUCACGAAACUGGGAAUCAGCCCCCGAUGGCUUUAUGAGGUUGCGAGGGCCGGCAUCUCACCUAGAGAGUUAGUCGAUUUGUCAAAUCUAAAAGUGGUGUCGAGCACUGGUAUGGUGCUUCCAGAACAGCUAUUCGAGUGGUUUUAUGACAAGGGAUUCCCAUCUCAUGUCCAGCUGUACAACAUAUCGGGUGGAACUGAUAUUGCUGGCUGCUUUGGAAUUGGUAAUCCCCUCACUCCGGUAUACGUAGGUGGAACGCAAGGGCCUUCACUUGGAGUCAAAAUAGAAAUGUAUGAUUCGCAACUACCGCCGGGUCCCGGGAAACCGGUGCCAGAUGGAACGCCUGGUGAGCUUGUCGCCACGGCUAGUUUUCCAAACGUGCCGGUAUUCCUCUGGGGCGACAAGACGCCGGCGGGAGUGCCCGGAUCCAAAUUCCACUCUGCCUACUUCGCUAGGUACGAACACGUCUGGGCGCAUGGCGACUUUUGUGUGAUCCAUCCUGUCACCAGGAAUAUCAACUUCCUAGGGAGGGCUGAUGGGGUUUUGAAUCCUAGUGGGGUCCGGUUCGGUUCUGCGGAGAUCUACUCAGUUCUAGAAAGGAACUUUGCGGAUCAAGUUGCGGAUUCGAUUUGUGUCGGGCAGAGGCGUCCUCAAGAUACGGACGAAAGUGUGAUGCUGUUCUUGCUGAUGCGGCCAGGCCACAAAUUCAACAAGAAACUUGUCAAUGAAGUCAAGGAGGCAAUCAGGCGCGAGCUAACCAAGAGACAUGUGCCGAAAUACGUGUUCGAAACUCCCGAGAUACCCACAACAGUCAACCUCAAGAAAGUUGAACUGCCGGUGAAGCAGAUUGUCUCGGGCCAAAUCAUCAAGCCAAGUGGCACGUUGCUCAAUCCUAAGAGUUUGGACUAUUAUUACCAGUUUGCAAAGGUUGAGGACCUGAUUGGGCCCAAAGAAAAGCUGUGAAAUAGGUUGGAACUGUUUAGUACGGACCGAUUCUACUGGAUUAUGAUUUGGCCUUCACGCGUGCAUGUCUUAGAACCCCUAUGCAGUCUUCCUCGGACGAUUCUAAGAUAGGGGUAUGUCAAGAUAACGGAAUUCCCGUGCCGCUUACACAUAAUGUAUCAUUUAUGGACAUUUAGGGAUAUUUUGAUCAACGAAAGUAUUUAGGUAGCUAUCGAUAUUCAACAUAAACGCAAAAGGGUGAUCGAUCCGUUGUCAUUUCUAUUCCUCAGGGGUUCUUUGGUGUGUUUGGUGUGUUUGAUGUGAUGAACAACAUGAUAGUUAGGGAAGAUGUAGUACUAAAGAUUCAAGGAGCAUUACAAAGUUCCAGUUGCAUACUACAUAUGUACUUGUACCUACUGGGUAGGUACCUACUACUACAUAGGUAGGUAACAUCAUUGAUCAUUGAUAUUGCGAACGUAAUAUUAAGGUUUAGCCGCACA